CUAGAGCAGUAGAUAAGGCUGAAGACCUAAAAGACACAAUACCAUAUCAUAGCUUCAGCUAUCACCCUUCUAAUACUCCUGAGAAAUUGAAGCUAGAAAACCCUUGCAAGAACCUUCAAGGCUUUUGCGGAUACGGAAAGUUCCAUUUGUGCUCUCUUAGUGACUACAAAGACAGCAGAGGGAAUACGAAUGAGCGCUACAUCACUUGCGAUGGAUGCUCAGUCUCCGUCUACAGUACUGGCGAAUACUGGCGGCUAAUCAAGACUUUAGACAUAACAAAGGAGCAAAACUUGGAGGCCGCAUCGACAUUAAUCACGAGCUUACGCGGCAACUGCUUUGCAUGGACUGGCAAUAGAGGCGUGGUGACUUUCUGGGACAUCGCAAGGAUGAAGCAGAUCUCAUAUAUUAAAGUCACUGGCGGCGUCAAUGGAUCAUCUGUCAGUUUGUCUGAUGACGGGUCACUGGCGGCAAUCUCUGUUAAGGGACGCAUCAGUAUCUAUGAAACAUUCUCAGGUGUGAAGCUAGGGGACUAUUCUGAAGGUCAAAAACAGGACAAGAGGUUUGAGGUAGUCAUGGAUCGUGAGAACUUUAUGGUUUUUAGCCGAAACUCCCCUGAUGAUGCAGGACAGCGAGCUGUUGAGCGCAAGAUCGUAAGGAUACACGAUAUGAAGGUCAUUCGAACUUUCCCAAUUCAUAAGGAUUAUAGCCUCAGCUUCCCGAGUCCAUUGAGGGAUCAGUUCUUUGUCAAUCAAGAGGGACCUAUCGUUAAUAUCGUCAAAAUGAGCAUUGAUGACAUUUCCUCACCUGAUACUAUCAAGCCUGAAUCAUUAGAGGUUGAGAAUUCUUGGGAAUUUAUCCAUAAUGAUAAGCUGGAGUUUACAUCCGAUUCUGGCAACAAAUUCGUUUUGGUUGCUAAGCCAGAAGUGAUUCGUGAUAACGAGUUGACUGUCCUCAACAUCACUCGUGUUGAUCCGACUGUAUACUUGGAGCAUCUCCCUGGAACACAUCAACCUACAACUUCUAAUGCAAGCAACACAGUAAAAGGAAAGGGCCUGGAUAUACCCCUAGGGCCUUCUGAAUUGACUUAUUCGUAUAUGUAUUUGCCAGCUUCCUCAAGGCUUGUGUUAAUAACAGGUCGAUAUAUGCAAAUGUGGCGACUGGUCGCAAAGAGAGAGUCGGAGCCAUCGGAAGUUGCAAAUUUGGAGCUUGUAUGGGGGUUGCAGACAGAGGAUGAGGUUAAAGAUACUAAGGGCCCUAAGCAUCAAAAUAACGAUCUUUGUAUGUGCAAAAUCACAAAUGCCAUGGCUAGCAAAGAUGGAACGCAGUUUGCUUUGGAAUUUGAGAGUACGACAUGGCAGAAAGGAUUCAAGAGAUCAUCAAAGCAGCAGCAGGACUCUAUGCGUGCCAAGGUUAAGAAGCUCAUCUACCCUUAUCCUAGUGAGGGGAACUUCGAUAUCUCAGAAGAGAGCCGAAUCUCGCAAGGCAUCCGUAAUAUCAUAGAAAUGUAUAUUAGCGGCAGUACGGCGUGCCAAGAGACCAUGAUUCAGUACCUGAAGACUCUCAUUCGACCAACCUCAUAUAAUCCUGUGUACCCAGUCUCUUGUAUUUUUACGCUGUGUGGCCUUUGGACAUAUGAGGAGCGAAAACCUUUAAAAAAGAUCAUGGAGGCAUUGUUACCUCUAAACGAGAUCACUUGGAUCCCGGGAUUCAGAGCCUGUACCAUCCAGAAACGACAUGACCCUCUUGAAGAGCUUUUCAAGACUAAAGAGGCGCAGCCUGCGGUCAUGGGCGUUGCCAGUGUGAUCAUGGAUUACUGUGUCCGCCAUGCCAACAAUUCUCGCAACCUAUCCUUUUUGUCACCGAUAUUCGGAUCAUUGGAGCAAAUCAUGGCCAUGUUCCCGGAUAAAGCAUUUGAUUACCUUGAGCAAAUAGCUUAUAUCCGAGCCAAGAAGCGGCAUUAUAUUAUCGAUAAUCACGAAAUCGCCUACCCACCAAUGUUUCGACUCAAAUUUUGGAAUCCACCAUCAUUACCAUUGUCCAAAAUAGAAGAUCCGAUUAUGCAGCUUGAUGUCUUGGCUAAAGAGCGCGAUAAUUCGAAUAACCCAUUUACGCAGCAAGUGUACAUGGCUUCAUUUGAUGCACUCUGGUCUUAUAAAACUGACACCGAGAAUAAGGAAGCUGACCAUGCUAAUUCAAAUAAGAAUAAGGGAGCUGUUCUUACUGAUUCAAAUAAGGAUAAGGAAGCUACGCAUGCUAAUUCGAAUAAGGAAAAGGGAGUUGACCACGCCGACCCGAAUAACAAGGGAUCAUCAUGUCAUGAAGAGCAGGCUUUGACAACGUGGUGGAAGUCAUUGUACCACAUGAUUCUUCUUAAAUUUCAGUUCAGAAAUAAGCAACAUGUCAAGUGCCACAAUUUUAAGUGGGAGUUUUUUGAUAAUCCAGCCAUUGCUGCUCUAGUCGCAUACAAAUGGAACACGAUUGGGUUCAAUUAUUGGCUUGGUAGAUUCGCGUUCCAAUGUGUGUAUUAUACUCUAGUCCUUAUAGUUGCUUUCAUACAGGUGUAUUAUACUGGCCAGUGGCGUACUCCACUUAUCGGAUUAUUCAUUGCGAUCAUCGUCAUGUCUGUCG